AUGCCCUGCAGUGAAGACAACAGGAGGGAAUUGUUGGAAGAGAGCGUUACUGCUGCUUGUGUUUGCAACUUCAUGUCUCAUGAGAAGUGCCUGAAGAAUGUCAAGAUACCGUGCUCGUGUAUUGCUCCCAGCCUUGUAAGGGUUCCAGUUGCACACUGUUUUGGGCCUCCAGGACAUUACAAAAGAAAGUUUUGCACUGUGUGCAGAAAGUCACUAGAGUCACCCGCUUUUCGAUGUGAAGUUUGUGAGCUACAUGUGCACACAGACUGUAUCCUGUUUGCUUGCAGUGACUGCCGGCAGUGUCACCAGGAUGGGCACCAGGGCCAUGAUACUUAUCACCACCACUGGAGGGAGGGAAACCUUUCUUCAGGUGCUCGUUGUGAAGUCUGCAAAAAAACCUGUGGCUCUUCUGAGGUGCUCUCUGGCAUGAGAUGUGAAUGGUGUGGCAUCCUGGCUCAUGCUGCUUGCUACAUAAUUGUCACACCAGAAUGUACUUUUGGAAGAUUAAGGAAUAUGAUUCUUCCUCCAAGCUGUGUGCAGUUAUUUUCUCGCAACUUCAGCAAGCUGCAUUGUUUUCGAAUAUCAGAAAAUUUACAAACAGAACCAGGCGAUGAUGAUGAUGAUGUCGAUGGGUCAACACAGGGAUCAGCAAAAGAUGUCCAAAUUUCAACAGAUUCAAGUAAACAAACAUUAAAGAUAUUUGAUGGGAAUGAUGCAGUGAAACGCAAUCAAUUUCGACUGAUUUCAAUUCCAAGGAUUGCAAAAAAUGAAGAAGUUGUGGAGGCUGCUUUGAGGGCAUACUACAUAAAUGAUGACCAGCAGGAGUAUGAGCUUCAGACCUUUACGCAGCAGGCGCUGCUGUCCGAUGAUGUUAUCAACAGGAACGAUGCUGUGGAGGACAGCAACUUGGGCUCGGUAUUCCGAGAAUCUGUUCCUGAAGCUUGGAUCAUCAGAGCCAAACCAAAGGACGAGGAAGUGAUCAGAAUUUAUCCUGCCUGGCUGAAAGUGGGAAUGGCAUAUGUUUCUCUACGAGUAAAUAAGGAUAGCACUACGCAGACUGUGAUCAAAGAAGUGCUUCCAUUACUUGGAAGACAGAUGGAGUCCCUCCAGAAUUUCAAAUUGGUGGAAGUGCUUAUGGGCAGUAAGCAAGUUCAGCGCAUGGUCUUGGAAAAUCAGGAACCGAUUCUUAACAGACUCAAGGACAUAAGAAAGACUUCAAUACGUCAGAUGAAUCAAACAAGAUUUUACAUUGUGGAAAAUAGUAAAUCCAUUGUACGAGUAAAUUUAUUUGUUGGUGGCCUUCCACCUCAGCUUUCCCUCGAAGAAUACACAAAUAUUCUCAAGGAUGAAUUAGCUAUCAAAACAAAUGUAGUAUCUGUGAGUCAUGUUUAUCAAGCACAAGGUGCUGUUGUACUCAAAAUUUCCUGCUUUUCUGAAGCUGAAAGAAUAUAUAUGCUAGUUAAAGAUACAACUGUCAAUGACAAGCCUCUGUAUGCUGUGGUGAUUCCUGAAGUUAUGGCUUCCAAGAUACCACAGAACUGCUGCCCACUUCUUGUAUUUGUGAAUCCAAAAAGUGGUGGUCUAAAAGGUCGGGAUCUGCUGUACAGUUUUAGAAAGCUGCUAAACCCACAUCAGGUCUUCGAACUUACCAAUGGUGGCCCACUGCCUGGGUUUCACACGUUCUCUAAAGUCCCCUCCUUCCGAGUGCUGGUGUGCGGAGGGGACGGCACCGUCGGCUGGGUCCUUGGUGCACUGGAGGAGAUCAGACACAAGCUGGUGUGCUCAGAGCCCUCAGUUGCCAUCUUACCUUUAGGAACAGGUAAUGACUUAGGGAGGGUCUUGCGCUGGGGAGCUGGCUACAGUGGGGAGGACCCCUACUCAAUUUUGGUGUCCGUGGAUGAGGCGGACGACGUUCUUAUGGAUCGCUGGACUAUCCUUUUGGAUGCAGAAGAGCCAGCUGAAGGCGCAGAGAAUGGCGUUGCAGAACCUGAGCCUCCCAAGAUUGUACAGAUGAACAAUUACUGUGGUCUUGGCAUUGACGCAGAGUUGAGCUUGGACUUCCAUCAUGCUAGAGAAGAAGAACCAGGGAAAUUUAAUAGCAGGUUUCACAACAAAGGAGUUUACGUGAAAGUUGGGCUGCAGAAGAUAAGUCAUACCAGAAAUCUUCACAAAGACAUAAAGCUUCAAGUGGACCAGCACGAGGUGGAGCUACCGAGUAUAGAAGGACUCAUUUUUAUUAAUAUACCCAGCUGGGGGUCCGGAGCCGAUCUCUGGGGGUCUGAGAGUGACAACCGCUUCGAGAAACCGCGCAUCGAUGACGGCCUGCUGGAAGUUGUUGGUGUGACUGGCGUCGUUCACAUGGGUCAAGUCCAAGGUGGUUUCCGAUCAGGAAUCCGCAUAGCCCAAGGCUCAUAUUUUCGUGUAACACUCCUAAAGCCAAUUCCAGUUCAAGUUGAUGGAGAGCCCUGGAUUCAAGCCCCUGGCCAGAUUAUUAUUUCUGCCGCAGGACCAAAGGUCCAUAUGUUGAAAAAAUCCAAGCAGAAACAGAAAAAAACUGGAAGCCUGAGAGAGAUGAGAGUGGAUAGCAUGUCAGUCUCUGAAGGAGGACGCUAAGUGGAUACCUGUGCUCAGAAGUGAUGCAGCACACCUACCGUAGAUACCAAGAUGGUUCAGUAAAACCGAGUGUAGAUAACUAGUGAAGAGGGUUGCUUAUGAGCGUGCCUUUCAUUACAUUUUGAUAGUACUGGGUUCUACUUCGUCUUUCAAAGAUAGUGCCUCAUUGUUACCAAUAACUAUUAUGUACCACUUGUCUCAUCUGAAAUGUUUACUUUGGGUUGCUUUUCCAUAAGCCAUUGUCCAGUUUUUCAUGUAUAUAGAAACUGAGGCCAAACAGAGAUUCCAAGAUGCUGAGAUUUCUGCAUCUACCUUCACAAAGACUCUUCCCCUCCUCCCAGCUUUUUCUUACAGAAAAUCAUUCCAUAGAUAAAUUCUGGUGCAUUGUUCC